AUGUUUAAGAGAGAUUAUCAUAUCGCUAAGAUGCCAUUCGAUGAUUAAAAAUUGACCGAAGUGUAGAAUAGAAAGCUUAAAAUUGGAUAUUUUGAUGAUAUACCUACUCUUGCUUCUUGCAAAUCAAAUAAACGAGCUAUUAAUAUUGCUAAACAAAAGUUAGAGUAAUUAGGUCAUAAUUUAAUUCCAUUCAAUCUGAAAUAGUAAUAAUUUGAUAAAAUGAAAUAGAUCGAGAUUCCCACAUUCUAUCUUGGUUUAGGGAAGUAACUAUAGUCCUUAUUUUAUCAAAAUUAUGAGUACAUAUUGCCAAUGUACAGACUUUCCAAUUUUUUCAUGUGGAUAAAUAGCUUCCAUUAAUGGAUCAUUAAGUUAAUCACAAAACCUCUUGGCAAGAGAAUAACUAUGCCAUUACACCAUAUUAAGGAAUAUAGUACAUUCUAACUUGAUUCUUUGUAUUGUGAGAAGAUUAAACUCAUGGACGAAUUGAAUAACUAGAUAGAAGAAAUGGGCCUUGAUGCAAUUAUUUGUCCAGGCUAUCCAACAGCUGCUUAUAAAAAUUAAGAUUGCAUCCCUAUGGGUUUUCAAAUGGAUUACUACAGUCUUUUUAACUUUCUAAAGUAUCCAGUUGGUGCCAUUCCUGUUACAGAGGUACUUGAAGGAGAGGAUUAAGAUUAUUCUGAUAAUUUUAAUGAUAUGAAUACAAAAUCUAUUAAAAAAUCUUUAAAAGGCAGUACUAGUUUGCCAAUAGGAAUUCAGGUGUCAGCACCAAAAUGGAAAGAUGAGUAAUGUCUAUAAAUAAUGAGAAUACUAGAAUAAGCUAUUGGAUUUAAGAAGACUCCUAUAAAAUAUUACUCUGAAUGA